AUGAUUUCACCAAGAACAGAAGCCAAAUGGCAGCAAUGGUACGAAGAAAUUGAAUCAGAUGUAGGGUCUGAGUUAGACAUAGAUGACGCUGCCUCUGAACACAGCUUGCAUGAUACUAAUACGGAGCAAUCCUCGGACUCUGAUGACGAGGAUAUUUGUUUACCUUUAUCUCUAUCUGCUUUGAAGAAAAUACCGCAUUCCACUGGAAAGGAUGGCACACCAUGGCUAAAACACAAACCACCUAGUGUCCGAACAAAAACUUGCGUUCAAAAUAUAGUGAUCAAGCUUCCAGGUGUAAUAGGAGAAGCGAAGACAGCGAAAGAAAUUAUGGAUUGCUGGAAAAUAUUUUUCCCAUGGAUAUGA